AUGGCUCAAGUAGCAGCCAUCCCCACGCACCGCCGACAUAGACACGGGGAACUCACUUCACCCAAAGUCAACCUUCCCUACAGUUCUUUGAGUGUUACAUCCCUCGGCAAGCAGCAACGAGAUAUGGACCUCGACGAGGGAGGUGCUGAAAUCCCGGAUAUUCCCUUCAAGCGACCACUCAGUCGCCUACCGCAAGAUCAAUCCUUCACUCCGUCCCGCUUCGAAGAGGCUUGGGUCGAGGAUGAAAGCAGUUGGACUCACCAUGGGCCAAUCAGCCCAAAUGCCCUGAACCCGAGGAAAGACAAAAGCGCCGUUCAAUCUCCCGAAAUACCUUCCCGUGGAAGGGUCAAGUCUCCCGAGCCUCUUCCGGUUCGCGACAGACACACUUCGUCAAGCCCUCCUCGGAGCCCCCGGACGCGGUCGUCACGGUCCAGAGCCAACUCCACGACAUCUUCGUAUCAGACAAACGCUACCUCUUUGCCAGCCCUGCAAACGAAAGGCGCCGGUGAUGAUGAGUUUCUGGAACCAUUGGCCGAGGAGGAAGUCGAACCGGGUUCAUUUGACCUCGUGGUGCCGUCCCACGGGGAUAGUGGACAUUACUCACUCGAGACUCGAUCCGAGCUCCUCUUUUCAAAGGAGCACCUCCAGGCCAUCUUCGACGACCACGUUCUGCUUCAGCGGUUUACCGAUUUCUUACACUCCGUUCGGCCCGACUCACUGCCUCUCCUCACAUAUUAUCUGGAUUGCCUCAAAGCUCUGCGCGCUAUCGCGUAUGCGAACGCUAUCGCAAACGGCCUCGAAAGGCUGCAGGAUCACGACUUUUCUGCCCAGGACACGGAAAACACAGUCAACAGCUCACUACAGAAGAAAGCUGAUGCGGCCUUUGACAAUCUAGUACAGGAGGAUCUCCCUGCUUACAUCACAUACAUGUGGAUCCAGACGGUCAGCAUGUCUAUCAAGAGACGAAUUACCGGAACAUUACCUGUUCAGCUGCGUGAGAUGUCUGAGGGUCUGGCUGAAGUAUUCUGUCUGACGGAUCCCUCAAGACACGACAACCCCAUCGUGUUUGCCUCAGAAGAAUUCCACAGGACAACACAGUAUGGCAUGAAUUAUGUCAUUGGCCGCAAUUGUCGGUUCCUCCAGGGUCCCAAAACGAACCCUUUCAGCGUUAAGAGGCUAAGGGACAAGAUUCUGGCCGGCAAGGAGCACUACGAGACGUUUCUCAACUACCGUCGUGACGGCUCGCCGUUCAUGAACCUGCUGAUGGUGGCUCCGCUUUACGACAGUCGCGGCACAGUGCGCUACUUCAUCGGCGCUCAAGUCGACGUGUCUGGCCUCGCCAAAGAGAGCUCCGGCUUGGACGCCUUGCAGAACAUCGUCGUCGAGAAGGAAGCUGCAGCCGCCAAUCACAUCCACCAAGAAGACGUGGUCGAGGAAGAAAGGGACGAGUUCCGUGAUCUUAGCGAAAUGUUCAACAUGGCGGAGCUCGAGACCGUUCGUAGACGCGGAGGUAACAUGCACCGAGUGCCUCAAGACGAGGCUCAGGCGGCAUCGUCGACCAACUGGCACAAGCCUCGAAUCCUUAUUCAAGAUGAGACGUCGUCCAUCCAACAACCCAGCACGGUACCGUCUUUUCACAGCGGCAAGCUCUCUGGAAUCUACGAACAUUACCUGCUCGUCCGGCCUUACCCAAGUCUGCGAAUUCUCUUUGCGUCGCCAUCCCUCAGAAUGCCCGGCAUCUUACAAUCCAAUUUCAUGGACAAAAUCGGCGGAUCCAACCGCGUCCGCGAUGGACUCACGCAAGCUUUCGCCGACGGCCAUGGCGUGACUGCGAAGGUCCGCUGGACGAGCAAGGCCAGCAGCGAGGGUCGUGUUCGUUGGAUCCAUUGCACGCCACUCCUCGGCAGCAACUCUGCGGUGGGUGUCUGGAUGAUUGUUCUCGUCGACGACGAGUCCGACCCAGGCGCUCGCAAGGGCAAAGAAGCCCCGCCCGUUGAUGGCCGCCUCCGCCGGAUUAGUCCCCUACUGCAACAACAUCGUCCAUCCAAGGACGACAACAUGAGUCUGGCCGGUUUCGCCGCCAUGAACAAGGCUCGCGACGAGGUUCUUGAUGAUGCCCCUGCCGACUUUGAUAUCGACUAUGAUCGCCCAGCGAGUCGCGGGAGUCGUUCAAGUCGGCUAAGCCGAGGGCUCGCCGGGCCCCGGAGACCCAUGUCCCCGGCUUCCCACGCAUCCAGUGAGCCCGUUCGGCCCGCGUACACCGUGCGGCUGGAGGAGGACUAG